UUUGUUGAAACGUCAAUCACUCGAAAGAUGGACGUGAAUGGACACUUAGGGAAACACCUACUCAAGACCGUUUCCGGUUUUGAAAACUUGCGUGCUUCUGAUCCACACAUGUGAGCUUGCAUACCAACUUCUGAACUGGAUAUUUAAAAGAAAAAGACCUUUAAAUCAGUAAACAACCAUGGCAGCAACGGAGGAGGACUUCCCUCGCGGAGGUAAAACCAAGCAGACCACUGAAAGUAAAGCAGAACCUGUGAGAAGGCAUACAGAAGUGGACAAUCUGUUCGAGACACAUACAGCAGAGGAAUCCAAGAAAAGGAAGGGACAGAAAGGGGAUGCCUUGAAGAAAGCGAAGAGGCAAAGGACGAGCAAAGAGGAGGCGCUGAAGCUCAAUACAACAACCUCUGUAGAUAUCCUACAGUUAAAAAGCCUGAAGGUGGGUACCCUACUGCUGGGCUGUGUGAAGGAGGUGGCCGAUUUUGAGGUGACGAUUAACCUGCCCAGCGGCCUUUUGGGAUACCUGAACAUUUCCAAUAUCUCGGACUCGUACACCAAGAUACUGAGUGACCACCUGGACUCUGCUUCUUCAGAGGAGAUCUUCUCUCUCCACAGUCUCUUCUCCCCGGGCAUGCUGGUCAGGUGUGUGGUAGCCAGGUUGGACACUGCCAAAGGAGGAUCGGUCAGCAUUCAGCUGUCAAUCAAACCCAAAGAGGUCAACAAGGGCUUGAGUACUGGCUUUCUGAAGGCUGGCUUGAUCCUGAGUGGUUGUGUGGAGAGUAUUGAGGAUCACGGCUACCUGGUUGACCUCGGCAUCAAGGGAACCAAGGCCUUCCUGCCCAAGCAGGCAGCCAAAGACAAAACGAAUAGUCCGAAAGAGCUGAAGGUGGGCCAGUAUGUGACUUCUCUGUUGGAGGAGGUGAAGAACGAUGGGCAUGUGGUCCGUCUGUCCACCAGCCCCACGGCGGUGGCCCAGGCCGUUGCAGAUACCGCGCACGGCUGGACCCUUACCAACCUGCUGCCUGGCCUACUGGUCAAGGCCCAGAUCAAAAAGGUGACCCCACGUGGUCUGAUUCUGGAGUUCCUCUCCUCCUUCACCGGCCUGGUGGACUUUAUGCACCUGGAACCAGAACAGGCCUCCACAUUCAACGAGGGAGACAGCGUGAAGGCCUGCAUCCUUUAUGUGGAGCCGUCCACCCGGCUGGUGGGCCUGUCCCUGCGCAGCCACCUGCUGCAGCCAGGGGGCUACGUGGACCUGGUGGCCACUGAGAGGAUAGGGGAGGUGGCGCAUGGCUGCAAGAUGACCGCUCUCCAUCACCUGUCUGGAGCCAUGCUGGAGCUGCCUGACCAGACUGUGGUGUUUGUACAUAGGAACCACAUGAAGGAGCCCAUGGAGGCGUUCAACCUGAACCGUGUCAUGGCCAAGCCUGAACACACCUGUAGGAUCAUGGACUUCAGCCCCAUGGAGCAGGUGCACCUGGUCAGCCUGCGUCAGAGCAUCGUUGAUGCCCCGUUCUUCAGAAGAUACCAUGACAUCCAACCUGGACAGAUUGUUCAGGGCAUGGUGACGUCCCUCCAGAGCCAUGGCAUGAUGGUGAAGGUGACCGACUACAUCAGAGGCCUGGUUCCAUGGACACACCUCUCUGACAUCAUCCUCAAGAACCCAGAGAAGAAGUACACAGUGGGCAUGCCCAUCAAGUGCAGGGUGUUGUCAGUGGACCCACAGGAGAAGAAGCUGACCCUAACCAGGAAAAAGGCCCUGAUAGAUUCCUCCCUCCCCCCAUUCCUGACCUACGAAGAUGCCCGCCGCGGUCGCGUCUCCCACGGGUUCAUCGUCUGUGUCAAGGACUUUGGCUGCAUCGUCCGUUUCUAUGGCGACGUCAAGGGGCUGGUGCCCCCCAACGAGCUCAGCACGGAGCCAGUGGUAGUUCCUGAGAACAUGUUCUACGUCGGACAGGUGGUGAAGGCUAAAGUGCUGAACUGUGACGUGGAGAAGGAGAAGCUCCUUCUUUCCUUCAAGGCAGUGGCAGGAGGAGACACUGAGGGACCGUCUAAACCCAAGUUUGACUUUGAGGUUGGGAAGAAAGUGGAGGUUAAGGUGGUGAGUAAAGUCCUUACCGGUCUGGAGGUGUCCAUUCUCCCAGAGGAGACCACCGCCUUGCUACCCAUGAUGCACCUCUCCGACCACGUGUCCAACUGUCUACUGCUGUGGGAGGGGCUGCAAGAGGGUGACAUCAUCUCCAACAUUGUCUGCCUCAGCGAGAAGAAACCGAAUAUUACCCUGACUAAAAAGCCCACUCUGAAGUCAUUCCUGGAGGAGGGGGGCGUGGUGGCUAAGGAGUUCUCUGACAUCGCAGUUGGGGUGCAGCUGAUUGGCUGGGUCAAGAACAUUAUGCCCUACGGAGUGUUUGUGGAGUUCCCCUAUGGUCUGGUUGGCCUGGCCCCUAAAGCGGCCAUGAGUGACAAGUUCGUCAGUGACACGACAUCUCACUUCCAGCUGGGCCAUACGGUGUUUGCCAAGGUGACCAACUUGGAUGAGGAGAAGCGCAGGUUCCUGGUCAGUCUCAAGGUGUCAGAGGUCCCCUCCCCUGAGAGAGACGGCCAGGCCAGGCUGAUCCGAGGCCUGCAGGAGAGGAAGGAGGUGAUGGAGAUGAUGGCCAGCAGAGGUGACUCUGACCUACUCAAGCAGCUGUCUGCGGUGACCAUAGGCCAGAGGAUGAAGAUGAGCGUAGACGAGGUGAGGGAGGACGGGAGUGUCACCUUCAAGUCAGACGAACUCAGCGCAGCCACCGUACUGGCCACCAAGGACCAUGCGCCGGGUAAGUUGGCGACGGGACAGGAGUGCAUGCCGGUAAUCCUUCACGUUGACCUCGUGACCUCUGAAGUCUACGUGUCCCUCUUGGCUAAACUGACCGGCAAGAGGAAAGCGGUGGAGGCAGGGUCCACACACACUGCCACUGUGCAUCACGCUGACCGCGACUUUGCCGUCAUCUCAUUGGGCGACACGGCCCAACUGACGGUCAUCCAAACCACCAAUCACCCCAACGAAACGUUCCGCUUUGACUCUGAGAAACUGACCGCCGGUAAAACCCUGACGAUCACCGUCACCAAAUCCAGCUGUGAGGAACUAGGAGGGCUCCCCCUAGUGUCCUGGGAACUUGCCCCGCCCAUAAGCAAAAGAUUAAUCUCCGUCUCCAAGGGGUCAAAGGGCACGUAUCGCUACGGCGACGUGGUCAAGGGGAAGGUGAAGACAGUGAAGCCUACGUGUGUGCUGGUGACGCUAGAGGACGGGAGCACGGGGUGCGUGCACGUGUCCGAGAUACAGGAAGUGGUGUGCGUGGGAACGUUCCCCACGUCCCUCCUCAAGAUAGGAAGUGAGGUCACAGCCCGGGUCAUCGGAGGACGGGAGGGCAACAGUCACAGGUUCUUGCCGUUCUCCCAUCCCAACUUCACGUACUCCAUGCCUGAACUCUCACUUCUUCCCAGGAACCUGAAAGAAGACGCAGAUGUUAAGCCAGUCAAGACCAAAGAGAAGCUGAAGCGUUAUCAGGUCGGCGACGACGUCAUUUGCUUUGUGUCAAAGUACUUUCCAAAGAGGAAGUGUCUAGAAGUGACUACUGGUCCCUCAGUAACUGGAACUGUUGAACAACUGGCCAUGACCUCUGACCCUGAAGGUGCCAAACACCCAGAGAAGCUGUUCAAGCUGGGCCAGGCGGUCAGUGCUAAGGUGGUGAGAGUCAGCUCCUCCAAGCCCUCACGCCUCUCAUUGUCCCUCAAUGGUGUACACAAGUUGGAGAAGGGCCAUGUAAUCAUGGGGUUGGUGCAGAAGCUAGAUCCAGUCCUGGGUCUGCUGGUGAAGCUGCCGUUCAGCGCCAUGGGAACGGUUGCCAUGGAGGACCUAGCCGACAAAUAUAAGCCAAAACCUCUGGAGCGGUACAGCAAGGACCAGCUGGUCAGGUGCUGCAUUGUAGGAGAGGCGACGAGCAAUUGGCAGUUGUCCCUCCGCUCUUCGAGGACGAACCCAGAGAAGGCCUCGGUAGUACAGGACCCAGAGAUUGUGUCUCUAGAAGACCUGUCAGAGGGGCAGAUCGUCAGAGGUUAUGUGAGGACUGUCAAUGCACAGGGAGUCUUUGUUAGUUUGUCUAGAUCCAUAAAGGGCAGAGCCCAGUUCCAGAAGGCCACUAAGUACUUUGUGGCUAGCCACCAAGACUAUGCCAAGAAAGUACCGCAGGCCACACUGCUCACCACCAAGAUCCUCAGCAUCGAUAAAGAAAGCGGGCUGGUGGAUCUGUCUCUGCUCCAAGAGGACACUGGGAGACCAGACGUGCUCCCAGAAUCCCUGGGGCUGCACCUGCGCCUGACAGGAGAGGCCAAGGAGAAGCGUGACGCCACCAAGAAGAGGAAACGCACAGAGUCGGAGAGCAAGCAGGGAACUGCAGAAAAUGUUUCAAAGAAGAAGAAGAAGAAGAAGGGGAAAGUGGAGGACAGCGACAGCGGAGUGGAGGUGUACUUCAGAGAAGAAGAGGAGGAAGAUAAGUUGGAGCCUGCGGAAGUAGAGAAGCCCGUCCCAGUGCAGCCGGCCAGACUGCAGGUGACCGGAGGGUUCUCCUGGGAUGCAGCCCUGAGCGCCCUGAAACCAGCGUCCGCUGCCCUGGGGGGAGAGGACUCCAGCGACGGGGAGGACGGCGAGGUGAACAUUAAGCCCCAGAAGAAGUCUCACCAUAAGCAGGAGGUGGAGAAGCGGGAGGCUGAGAAGGCCCUGACCAAGCUGGAGACGGAGCUGAUGGACCCAGGCCUGCGACCCCAGACGGCGGCUAGCUUUGAGCGCCUGCUACUCGGCUCCCCUGACAGCUCUCUGCUCUGGCUGCAAUUCAUGGCCUUCCACCUGCAGGCCACACAGAUCGAACAGGCUAGAGCGGUGGCUGAGAGGGCUCUGAAGACUAUCUCCUUCAGAGAAGAGCAGGAGAAGCUGAAUGUGUGGGUGGCUCUGUUGAACCUGGAGAACCUGUAUGGGACAGAGGAGAGUCUUCAGAAGGUGUUUGAGCGAGCCGUGCAGUAUUGUGAACCCAUGCCCGUCUACCAGCAGCUGGCUGACAUCUACGCCAAGUGUCAGAAGACUAAGGAGGCGGAAGGUCUGUACAAGACCAUGGUGAAGCGGUUCCGUCAGGAGAAGGCUGUGUGGCUGAGCUACGGGACCUUCCUGCUUCAGCAGGGUCAGAGUGACGCGGCCAGCGCCCUGCUACAGAGGGCCAUCAAGAGCCUGCCGAACAAAGACAAUGUGGAUCUGAUAGCCAAGUUUGCCCAGCUGGAGUUCCGCUACGGAGACGUAGAGCGAGGAAAGGCCAUGUUGGACAGGAUCCUAACCAGCUACCCCAAACGCACCGACCUGUGGUCCGUCUUCAUAGACCUCAUGGUCAAACACGGCUCCCAGAAGGAAGUCCGGGCUGUGUUUGACCGUGUGAUCCACCUGAGUGUGGCGGUGAAGAGGAUCAAGUUCUUCUUCAAGCGUUACCUGGAGUAUGAGAAGAAGAGCGGCACGCCAGAGAGCAUCCAGGCUGUCAAGGACAAGGCUCUGGAGUACGUGGAGUCUAAAGGGACAGAGGCCGCCAGAUAGAGAGACACACACACACGUCAUGUUUUGGGUAUUUUCCAACAGCUGUUGUGCAACUGUGGGAAAAGAAGCAAAGAGCUCAAGGGGGAAGCCUGACCUGAGUGUCGUAACAGCCUCGACACACACACAGAUGUAGCCACACAGAUACACACCCUGCUGUUGGAUAUUCAGAGAAGACAUUUUGUUAAUUGUGUGAAAGCUUUCAAAUGGUGACAUGUCACACAUGAUAUGGACUUGGAAAUGUGGGAGGUCAUUCUACCUGGUCGUUUUAACCCAUUUUGUAUAAAUAGCAUAAUUUAAAAUAAAUAUACUUUUUUGUGUGUAUGUAUGGAUGACAAAUCACGCUGUCCUGACUGAGUAGAAUGACAAUCAUUUUGUAAUCAAAUAAAUGAUACUAAAUAACCUGA